AAUCUCCUACUUGGAGUUGGCAGGCAGCGCAUCAGUUUCAAUUUUAAUGUUUGGUUUGCUACAGUCAUGGAAACUAUCUUGCAAGUUUGGAGUAGAUCCUACUCAACCACCAAAAUAAAAGCUAAGAAGGAGCAACUCAAAACAGAAAAGAAAGAUUUUGCUAGACUUGGGAAAGGAGAGGCAGGAGACACUUGCUUGAGAUCCUUGGAGGACCAUGAACCAACCUUCUAAAUCCAACAUAUGGUAUGGCAGCAGCCAAACUUCUGCAUGACUCUGGCCUCAGUGUGGUGGUUCUGGAAGCACGGGAUCGUGUGGGAGGCAGGACUUACACAAUUAGGAAUAAAAAUGUUAAAUAUGUGGACCUUGGAGGAUCUUAUGUUGGACCAACCCAGAAUCGUAUCCUACGGUUGGCCAAGGAACUCGGAUUGGAGACCUAUAAAGUGAAUGAAGUUGAGCGUCUGAUCCACUAUGUAAAGGGAAAAUCAUAUCCCUUCAGAGGCCCAUUCCCAGCAGUAUGGAAUCCAAUCGCCUACCUAGAUCAUAACAACCUCUGGAGGACAAUGGAUGAGAUGGGUGAUGAGAUUCCCAGUGAUGCUCCUUGGAAGGCACCCCUUGCAGAAGAGUGGGACUACAUGUCAAUGAAAGAGUUGCUGGAUAAGAUCUGCUGGACUAAAUCAGCAAAGCAACUUGCUACUCUCUUUGUGAACCUGUGUGUCACUGCAGAGACCCAUGAGGUCUCUGCUUUGUGGUUUCUGUGGUAUGUAAAGCAGUGCGGGGGCACAACUAGAAUCAUCUCAACAACCAAUGGAGGGCAGGAAAGGAAAUUUGUUGGUGGGUCGGGUCAAGUGAGUGAGCGGAUAAUGGAGCUCCUUGGGGACCGAGUGAAGCUUGAGAGGCCUGUGGUUCACAUUGACCAAAAUGGGGAAAAUGUUGUUGUGGAAACCUUAAACCAUGAAAUAUAUGAGGCUAAAUAUGUGAUUAGUGCCAUUCCACCUAUUCUUGGCAUGAAGAUUCACUAUAGUCCUCCCCUGCCAAUGCUAAGAAACCAGCUGAUCACUCGUGUGCCUUUGGGUUCAGUCAUUAAGUGCAUAGUUUAUUAUAAAGAGCCUUUCUGGAGGAAAAGGGAUUUCUGUGGAACCAUGGUUAUUGAAGGAGAGGAAGCUCCAAUCGCAUACACAUUGGAUGAUACCAAACCAGAUGGCAGUUAUGCCGCUAUAAUAGGAUUUAUCCUUGCUCACAAAGCCAGAAAACUGACACGUCUUACCAAAGAAGAAAGACUAAAGAAACUUUGCGAGCUAUACGCAAAAGUUCUGAACUCCCAAGAAGCUCUGCAGCCAGUCCAUUAUGAAGAGAAGAACUGGUGUGAAGAGCAGUACUCCGGAGGCUGCUACACAACCUACUUUCCUCCCGGCAUCAUGACCCAGUAUGGAAGGGUUCUACGUCAGCCAGUGGGCAGGAUUUUCUUUGCAGGCACUGAGACGGCCACACACUGGAGCGGCUACAUGGAGGGGGCUGUGGAGGCUGGGGAGAGAGCUGCCAGAGAGAUUCUACAUGCCAUUGGGAAGAUUCCAGAAGAUGAAAUUUGGCAGCCAGAACCAGAGUCUGUGGAUGUCCCUACACGAGCCAUUACCAGCACCUUCCUGGAGAGACACUUGCCUUCUAUACCAGGUCUGCUAAAGCUGCUUGGAUUGACCACCAUCUUUUCAGCAACAGCUCUUGGUUUCCUGGCCCACAAAAGGGGCCUGCUUGUGCGUUUCUAAGGAAGGGCCAUCCACACCCACAGUCGUUUCAUUCUGUGCAGCAGGAAGGCUUUGGGAAGGGGUUGUUAUAAAAUUUCACAAAGACGCAGAGAACAUGGAGUGAGAAAUUACAGUAACUUGUUUUCCAUUUUGGCUGCUUGUGAGCUCCCCUACUGUGUUCCACCCAUUUCCAACUUUUCUGCCCUCUCAAUUUUUAGAACAGACACACAGGCUUGCUCAAGCUCCUUGUUAUCUCACAACCUAACUGGCCAUGCACACAGUUUUUUUUUUCAAAACCCUGUGGCUUUUCUUUUCUCCUGUGUAUUAUGUCCUCACCUACUCAAGUUCUUUGGAGUCGUUGUACUUACAGUCUUGUCUUGUUAUAACUGGAAGACACUGACUACCAUCUGGAGCUCAUAUUCUCCCUUAGAGGUGAAUAAACCAAAUGCAACAGAGGUGAAACUUAAUUACACAAGGCCUACAAGUAAGCUCUGAAUUUGGGCACCUGGAAUACAAAUUGAUGAUUUCCCACCUCCCAAGAUGUAUUUCCCAAUCAUCCCCUCCUUAUGCCUUAUACAGUCACUGGUGGUUGUUCUUAUGUGGAUUUACUUUGUAUUGACUGGUAUUGUGCUAUUUAGUAGAUAUCCUUUAGUCUUGCUGUUUUGUGCAGUAUUGCCAACUGAUUUUUAUUUUUCAUGAGAGUGGAAGUCUUACCUUUGUUGUUCUUUUGUAUCUUCCAUUAUAAUCCCAUUAAUAGAUUAAGACACACUUAAGUAAUUAAAAAUAAAUCUGUUUGACCAUG